AUGGAUGGAAAUGAUAAAGAUAAAACAAUUCAAGAAUUAUUAUUAAAGAUUCAAGGAUUAGAAAAAGAAGUUAUUAGUUUAAAAAGUAAAUUAUCAACAAGACAGAAAUUAAACGAACAAAAGAAAAAGAUUAGCAUUAAACGUGACCAUGAAAACUUUGAUAGUAGCACCGAUGAAGAAUUUGGCAAUGACCAUAACGAAUUUGAUGAUAUCAAAAUGGAAGAAUUACAAUUUAAACCAACUGAAGAAAUUAUUAAAGUUGCAAAAUCGAUGGGUUUGCAAUGCAAUCACAAUGAAGAUAAUAGUGAAAUUUUGAAAAAGAUUAGAGAUACAAUUAAAACAAAAAAAACUCAACAUGACAAGAUGAUGGGUAAAAUAGCAAAGAGAAAAUCACUUUUGGCUAUACCAGUCAGCGAAAGUGAAAAGUUAUUUUGGAAAGUAAUUAGAAACACUUUCUUAUUUAAAAAGAUUACUGGGCACAUACAUAGUGGUAGCUAUACAUUAAAGUAUGAACAAAUUUUUGAUGCAAGUUUGUUAGUACAUUCAAGAGAAGCCGAACUAUUGAAAUACAAAGUAAAGAGGAGUGAUUACUUGACCAAUAUCAAAAUUAAUGACAUAUUUGAAUUUAUUAGAGAUGAUACCGAGUUUUAUUCUAAUCUAUUCAAAAACUACUCUAAAAUUGUAUUCUCUCCUCAAGGCAGAUUCAAUAUAGCAGUGUCAAAAUGUUGUAGAGCAGCCAUCGAAGUUCUUAUUGAAGAAUACGACUGCAAACCAACCAUCGAAGAUAUCAAAAAGUCAAUUAAAAUUCAAAGUUUUAAAACAUUUCAAUGUUUAGUAGGAUUUUACAAAAAAAACAACUUACCACUACCUCUUACCGAUACUGAUAUAUGGAAGUGUGUAUUCUCUUCAGUUGAUGCCGCUAAGGAUGAUAUUGAAGAUUCCAAAAAAGAAAAAGAACCAGUUGUUGCAGCAAACCGAAGACCAAUGAGAAGAAUUCAACCUAGACACAAAAAAAUCAAAGAAAAAAAGAAAAAAGAAACAAAAAUUUCAAAAAUUUCAAAGUUUAUAAAUUAUUUAAUUCAAGAUAUCGAAUUGCCAGCACCAAAAAUCACAAAGCAGAAAAUAAAAAAACUGUUUCAAUGUCCUCUCUAUGACCACUAUACAUUGGAAGAUCUUAUAAACUCGUGUCGUUCAAUUUUAAACUUGGAUUUUCAAACUACCAAAAUUGUACCAACUGUAACAACACCAUUUUCAAAACUAAAAGAACUAAAUGAUGCAUUCUCACUUCUCACCAAAGAUCAAUCUAAGCAAACUGUAAUGGAGUACUUUUUAGAAAACUAUCAAACCCCCAACCAAAAUACUCAGCUCUAUGGAAAUAUUAUUAAACUUUUAACAAUGCACUAUUCUAUGUUUAGUAAACCAAGUUUAUUGUAUUUGGUGAUCACUGGUAAAGCCAAUAUCGAAUCAAUUAAAAAAUGUAUGCAAAGCAAAUCGAGCUACUAUUUGGAAUGCAUGUAUUUAGACGCAUUUAGACUUGGUGAAUUAUCUCUCAUUUUAGCACAUCCCCAAUGCAAGGAUCCAACCUAUUUCAAAACAGUAUUUAGUGAUCAUAUAUUUCCAGAUUUCCUUAACCCACAAUCAUUCUUGUUCCAAUUUAAAGUCGAAAAAGUUAAAAAAAUUCAAUUCCUCCGUUCUUUAGGUGAAUCUAUAUCAGAAAACAAAUGUGCAAUAAAUAUGGAACUAUUUUUUAAAAUAUUGGUUGCAAAUGAUGAUUUAGAAAUAUUAGAAUAUGGUUACAGUCAAUUAAAAAAACCAAUAAUCGAUCUACAAAAAACACCAAAUGAAAAAUUAGAUAUACUAUACUUUAUUAAAUCACCAGAAAUACUAGAGUAUAUACUUCAACAUUUCUUUAAAGAUAUCCACAAACCAAUUAAAGCAAAUAGCUUUAUAUUGAACGAUAGACUCGAUUUAUUAGAAAGAUAUAUCGAACUACUUCCCAGCGCUGUAAAAAAAUUAGAUUUCAACACUAAUAAUAUUUCCAAUCCAAGUUUUCCAGAAGAACUAUUCAAUGUAUUCAAAAGAGUAAUUGAAAAUCCAAUUUUAUCAAGAUAUAUUACAAUUGAUCGAGAAAAAUUUACCUAUUUCAAUAUCAAUUAUAUUCCAUUAAACCAAAUUAUUGAUUUGUUAGAACAUUAUCCAAAUGUUUCUUUUACAUUUAAUCUAACUAAAAAUAAGGUAUCCUAUUUCUAUUGUUUAAUAUCAAGAUAUAUACUCCAGAAAAAAGAUCCUAACCUCAAGAAAAGAAUGGAUAUAAGAAUAGUUGAUUCUAAUGGGAGCUCGGACUUUGAUUAUGACGAAAACGAAGAUAUUAUUUACUACUGUUCUGAUAGUGGAAAUAGUUACAAUUUAUUGGAAUAUCCAUUCGAUCAUAAAAAUAUCAGUUUAUAUAACAACUCAUCGUCGCCCACUGGAGGUUAUAUGGAAUUUAUAAAUAAUUUUAUGAAAGUUCAUUUCACACCAAAACCAACUGCAGAAUCACCAACACCAUCAGCCACACCCCCACGCUUUAGAAGAUAUGAAGAAGUAGAAGACCAUGGCCUUAUGACAAUUUUAAAAUGUCAAGCUAGAUCAGGAAACCUUCCAUUCUUUAGAUCAAUUGUUGAUAAUGGAUUUUCAUUUAUAUUUAAAAAAGAUAAAGCCUCAAAAAAAGAUAAAGUAAAGAAAUUCUACUAUAGCACUCUAAAACUUAGAGAAUUAUUUUUAGGUGCCUUAAUUAAUGAUCAUUUAGAUUUAUGUUUAUUUUUCUUGGAUGAAUUAUCAUUCUCACUUCCAGACAAUCAAUUCAACGGCAAAAUUACCAAAAAUAGUGCAUGCCAUUAUAACCUAUUUAAUAGAUUUAAUUUUAACUUUAAUAAAUAA